CUUAGUCAUGGCAGGUACAGUCUUCAGGAACCUCUUCAAGAACGAGGCUCUUCAAAAGUACAUCUGGGAUACCAGCACAUACCCAAGAGAGUGCCAGGAACUCAAGGGCUUAAGGGAAGCAACCUUCAGAAAAUAUGCCCAAACUCAUGUAACUUCCAUAAGCUCCAAAUUCACUGGAAGCAAUGCUGAAGGAUCUGUUUCUCAAGCGGAUCUUAUGUCGCCACCUGAUGAAGGACUACUACUUUCAAUGCUUUUGAAACUGAUGAAUGCCAAGAGGACACUGGAGAUUGGGGUUUUCACAGGCUAUUCUCUUCUUACUACAGCUCUUGCCUUGCCUAAUGAUGGCCAGAUAGUGGCAAUAGACCCAGACCGAGAAGCUUACGAAGUUGGACUGCCAUUCAUUCAGAAGGCCGGCGUGGAGCAUAAGAUCAACUUCAUACAAUCAGAUGCCAAUUCUGUUCUGGAUGAAAUGUUGAGGAAUGACAAAAACAAAAUGGCUUUCGACUUUGUGUUUGUGGAUGCUGACAAGGACAACUACAUUAACUACCAUGAGAAAGCGAUACAAAUGGUGAAGAUAGGAGGUGUUAUUGCAUAUGACAACACUAUAUGGCUCUCCACAGUUGCAAGUGAAGAGGAAGACGUCCCUGAGUUUUUUCGUCCCUCCAGAAAGGCCAUAAUUGAUUUCAACAAUCGAGUAGCCUCCGAUCAUCGGGUGGAGAUCGUUCAGAUUUCCAUCGGUGAUGGUGUCACUCUUUGCAGGCGCAUCAUCUAAUAUCGGGAUGAAGUUGGCCCUUAUGAACAGCUUGAUGCACUAUUUCCCUUUAAUUUUUUGAAUUCAAUAAGAUCGAGAGCUCGGAUCGGAUCAGUACUAUUGAUAGUAUGAUGCCGUCGGAUGUUCGAGAAGUUAAGCAAAAUAAAAGGUUGCCUUUGGGACGUACAAUGCCCAAAAGGAUUAUUAUUGAUGUUGUUGCUCAUAUAUAUUAUUGACAAUUACUCAAUGUAGAACCCCAUAGUGUUACUGCCAA